CUUAUUUCUAACAUAAUUUUUUUCAGAAAGGUGUCAACAUGACCGCUUCAGAGAAUGCGUGUUACACGCUCAUCAAUGUGCCGACCGAUUCUGAACCACCAACUGAAAUGCAGCUAAAAAUAGACCUAGAAAAAGGUGAUGUUCGUACUAAAACGGAUUGUCUAAAAAAAGUCAUUCAUAUGAUCUUGAACGGUGAAAAGAUGCCGUCGCUGUUAAUGACAAUAAUCCGGUUUGUAUUGCCGUUGCAUGAUCACACGAUAAAGAAACUGUUGCUGAUAUUUUGGGAGAUUGUUCCUAAAACUCACCCGGAUGGUAAGCUGCUCCAGGAGAUGAUACUUGUAUGUGACGCGUAUAGAAAGGACUUGCAGCAUCCGAAUGAGUUCAUCCGUGGUUCUACUUUGCGUUUCUUGUGUAAACUCAAAGAACCUGAAUUAUUAGAACCUUUGAUGCCUGCUAUAAGAGCAUGCUUAGAACAUCGCCAUAGUUACGUGAGAAGAAAUGCUGUCAUGGCGAUCUUUACAAUCUACAAGAACUUUGAUUUCCUGAUUCCGGAUGCACCAGAGUUGAUCCAUACAUUCCUGGAACAAGAGCAGGAUGCGUCGUGUAAACGGAAUGCUUUCAUGAUGCUGAUACAUGCUGAUCAGGAACGUGCAUUGGAUUACUUAAGUACAUGUAUUGAUCAGGUGCACACUUUCAAUGAUAUUUUACAGUUGGUCAUUGUAGAACUCAUCUAUAAGGUGUGUCAUGCUAACCCUGCUGAGCGCGCCCGUUUUAUCCGCUGUAUUUAUAAUUUAUUGAACUCGUCCAGUCCGUCAGUAAGAUAUGAGGCAGCUGGAACACUAGUCACACUGUCCAGUGCACCAACCGCUGUCAAGGCGGCUGCAUCAAGCUACAUUGAACUGAUCCUGAAAGAGAGUGAUAAUAAUGUUAAACUGAUAGUACUGGAUAGACUGAUAUCACUGAAAGAAGCACCCGCUCAUGAACGAGUUCUACAGGAAUUGGUAAUGGACAUAUUACGUGUAUUGUCUGCCCCAGAUCUAGAGGUCAGAAAGAAGACUUUACAACUUGCACUUGAUCUUGUAUCAUCCAGGAACAUUGAGGAGAUGGUUUUGUACCUGAAGAAGGAAGUGACAAAGACGCAUAAUACAGGAGAACAUGAAGAUACAGGAAAGUACAGACAGUUGCUUGUCAGGACAUUACAUUCAUGUAGUGUUAAGUUCCCUGAUGUCGCAGGUACCAUUAUCCCUGUGUUAAUGGAGUUCUUGAGUGAUAAGAAUGAGUUGGCCGCCGCUGAUGUCCUAGUGUUUGUACGUGAAGCAAUGCAACGCUAUGAUCAGUUACGCCCUGUUAUACUGGGUAAACUACUGGAGGUGUUCCCGUCAAUAAAAGCAGUCAAAAUACAUCGUGCAGCCUUGUGGAUCCUUGGAGAGUAUUGUACGACAUCUGAUGAUAUCCAAAGUGUCAUGUAUGAAAUACGAACAGCUUUGGGUGAUAUACCAUUGGUAGACUCAGAACUGAAAAAAGCUGCCGGCGAAUCAGAAGAUGAUGAGAGAGCUGUGACAUAUGGACAGCGAUUGGUUACUGAGAUGGGCACAUACGCAACACAGAGUGCUUUGAGCUCAGUGAGUACAAGACAGAUGGAAGAAGAUAAUAGACCGCCGCUUCGUGGCUAUCUCUUAAAAGGAGAUUUCUUCGUUGGUGCUUCCCUUGCCAUGACCCUUACAAAAAUAGCACUAAGAUAUAUCAAAAUAUCAGAAGAUCAAAAAAAACAGAAUAUGUGUACAUUUUCAGAUGAGAGAGCUGUGACAUAUGGACAGCGAUUGGUUACUGAGAUGGGCACAUACGCAACACAAAGUGCUUUGAGCUCAGUGAGUACAAGACAGAUGGAAGAAGAUAAUAGACCACCGCUUCGUGGCUAUCUCUUAGAAGGAGAUUUCUUCGUUGGUGCUUCCCUUGCCAUGACCCUUACAAAAAUAGCACUAAGAUAUAUCAAAAUAUCAGAAGAUCAAAAAAAACAGAAUUCGUUUGUAGCUGAGGCGAUGUUUAUUAUGGCGACUAUUCUGCAUCUUGGCAAGUCUGGUUUACCUAAAAAGAGUAUUAAUGAUGAUGAUUUGGACUGUAUUGCAUUAUGUCUACGUGUAUUAUCUGAACGAUCACCUCUGAUGAUAGAAAUUUUCAACCAAGGCUGCCGUGCAUCUUUAUCAGCAAUGUUGCACGCUAAAAACUUAGAAGAAAAAGAAACCAAAAAGGACCAACUAGCAUUAAGUUUAUCCCUUGCCAUGGGACAAACCCAGAAAAAAGAAGCUCCAGAUAUCAGUACUUCUAAGCUUAAUAAGGUGAGCCAACUUACAGGUUUUUCGGAUCCAGUCUAUGCUGAAGCCUAUGUCCAUGUUAACCAAUAUGAUAUUGUAUUAGAUGUGUUGAUUGUCAACCAAACUAGUGAUACAUUACAAAACUGUACACUAGAACUAGCAACACUUGGUGACUUGAAACUAGUAGAAAAACCCCAGCCUGUUACCAUGGCGCCACAUGAUUUCUGUAACAUAAAAGCUAAUGUGAAAGUGGCAUCAACAGAAAAUGGCAUCAUUUUUGGAAAUAUAGUCUAUGAUGUAUCAGGCGCUGCUAACGACCGUAACGUAGUGGUAUUGAAUGAUAUACAUAUUGACAUCAUGGAUUACAUCGUCCCUGCGUCUUGUACGGAUGCCGAAUUUAGACAGAUGUGGGCGGAGUUUGAAUGGGAAAACAAGGUUACUGUGAACACUAACAUUGCAGAUCUAUCAACGUACCUAAGACACUUAAUAAAGUCUACAAAUAUGAAAUGCUUAACACCAGAAAAGGGUUUGUCUGGUGAGUGUGGUUUCAUGGCAGCAAACCUCUAUGCCAAAUCCAUAUUUGGUGAAGAUGCUCUGGCCAAUUUAAGCAUUGAGAAACCCUACAACUCAUCUCCAGAGACUCCUGUUACUGGACAUAUACGCAUACGAGCCAAGUCACAGGGAAUGGCGCUGAGUUUAGGAGACAAGAUAAAUAUGUCACAGAAAGUAGACAAGUCACGAUUAAUGCAGGAAAGGAAGUAAAUAAAUCAACUAAGAUUUCAUAUUCAUCACAGAAAGGACAAUCUAUCUUAGAUCCAUUGCUUAACAUAUUGAGGGCACUCUGUAGGGGUUGAAACGGUAUACAUGAGAAAAGACCAAGUUGGUUAUUAUUCAAGAUUGAACAAUGGAAAUCCCAUUAUGGCUGCCAUAUUGAAUACAGCGCCCUCUAUUGCCAAGUGUAGUAUGUGUUUGGUAACUACUGCCAGAAAUGAUAAUACAUUCGUAUAUUGUUAAUAACAAAGUGUAUUUAUGCAAAAAUAAAGCCAGCCCUUUAUUCCUAAUAUGGCAAGUCAUAUGAUGCCUGUUGACCAAUCAGGAUAUUUGAUGAGAAAAAUGUGGGGUUUUUUUCCUUGCUUCCUCUAGUUUGUAUUGCAUAGCAAAAGAAAUGAGUUUAUAUUCAUUAAAAAUUCAGAAUAAUUGCAAAGCUACUUAAGAUUGUGUCUGAUUGGCUACCAAACCCUAACAGUCAGACCAAUCAGAGAGCAGCUUGUUGACAGGUUUUUGUUGACGUAUCAAAUUCCCUUUGUAUAUAUGCUUCUACUCGACUGAAAAUACAUUGAAUUUAUUGUGAUGGUUCAUACUGCAUAUAUGAUUGCUGUAAUAGCAGAGUCAUGGUGUAACUGAGAAACUGUGAAUGCAUGAAUAUUACCGUAGUCUCCUCUAUGAAUUCGUUUAUCUUGACUAUUAUACAAUAAUUUGGUGAUCUGCAUUUGUUGAUUCUUUCUAUAUGCGGUAUAUGUAUUAUGGAAAUCAUUGGUUGUAUUUUGGAAUAAAUCUCCCAUUCUUAAGGGUACAUACAUAUGUGCGUUGUGUAUCUGCAAAAGCUGCUCUUUCAUAAACGCUCAUGUAGAGUAUUUAAUAAUUCAACUGUUACUGGAAUUUUAUUUUAAGAGAUUACACAAUAAAUAUUGUAUAUGGUGUACAUCUUUGGAAAAGUGAUUGGUUAUUUUGUGUCAGUCGCAUCAUUUAAAAUUUAUUGUUAUGCAAUAAAUGGCUGCUGCAAUUUAG